AUGGCAGCUGUCGAGGUCUUAAAGUGUGGCGACUGUCGCCCAGAGAACGAUUAUGGAUUACGGACGACUCAUUCUUGGACGACUGGAUUGGAUGAUGGGAAUUGGACUGCGGAGGACACGCGCAUUCGAUUGAGCUUUCUGGCCAAGGCAUGGGUUGAAUUGCGGACCCAGAAACCUGAAUCAACAAGACUGGAUAUAUUUCCGGAUCUAGCACUUACGUGGCGGUGCAGAAAGGACGUCGAACCCCUCAAAACUCCAAAAACGAGGCUAGACUGCUCGCCGAGAGGUGGUGAUGAUUCUCCACAACAGACCGCAGAGGUUACCGUUUUCCACGAUACCGAAGCUCGUGCCGAAAAGCACCCCUCACUCCAGACCGACCACCUCAUUCUUACGGAUACGCCGCAAAAACAAGACGAGCCCUCCCUAUUCCACGACCCCGCGAUGGCCUCAAAAGUGGACUUCAACUCUAAUCAAGGUUUCACCCAGGCGGCAAAAAAUAAGAAGAAGAAGGGUGGUGCAGCCCAAGGUGGUUGGGAUGACGAUGAGAAGAAGAAGGAGGAAGGGGCUGGCGAGGACAAGAAUGGUGCUGAUAAGGGUGCUGGAGAUACCGGUGCUGGCGCCGGCGACGCAUUUGGGGAUAAAAAGGACGAUACGAAUGGAGAUGGUGACGCUGGUGGCGGUGAUCCUCCAGCUGACGACGACUGGGGGAGUUUUAUGCCAGCCAAAGGUAAGAAGAAGGGAAAGAAAGGAGCAAAGGCAGAAGAGCCUACACCGGCGGCGGCUCCAGAUCCACCCGUGGAAAAGUUUGAUGCGUUUCAUGAGAUUAAGUUAGACGACGGUCCGGGGUUAGAUCUAAGUUUUGAUACAGGGUUUUCUGGUGCAGGUUCGAAAUCAAGUGCUUCUGGAGUGGGAACAUGGGGCUCAAGUUGGGCCACAGGGGAUUCCAAAACUGCCAAAACAUCAAGUACAUGGGAUUUCUCUGCUACUAAUGCAACGGAAACGAAGGACAAAGAAGCUGAAGGUGAUACAUCCUGGAGUAUAGAUCGAGGGAAGCCUAAGAAGAAGAAUACUGGAUUUACCUUUGGGUCCCUUGACGAAGAGAAGACUGACAACCCUGAUGCGCCAGACAAAAAAGAUGAUACCUUCGAUUUCGGAUUCACCGCUGCUUCCAAAAAGGAUAAGAAGAAGAAAAAAGGGGGCUUUAUGGAUUUUGAAGAAACCAAGGAUGAGACUCCUGCUAUAGCUGAAGAGCCGCCGGUUGAAGACGACUGGGGGGGAGGAUGGGGAGCUGCCAAAACCACAAAGAAGAAGGGUAAGAAGGGCGAGCCGGAACCUCCCGCAGAAGAGCCCAAGCCUGUAGAUCCACCGCCCCCUGUCGAAGACGAAUGGGCUCCGGCCGGUAAUAAGAAGGAUAAGAAAAAGAAGAAAGCUACGUUUAACGUCUGGGACGAACCUGCAAAAGAAGAUGACAUUACACCACCGCCGCCGCCGCCGCCAGUGGAAGAGGAGGCCGCUGUUGACGAUGGAUGGGGCUCUGUCGCGACCUCCAAAAAGGACAAGAAAAAGAAAGGUAAGAAUAUCGUGGACGAUGUAGUUAAGCCAGAAGAGGUUCCCCCGCCACCACCAGCAGAACCAGAGGCACCCGCCGAUGACGGUUGGGGAUUUUCUAGCUCCAAGAAGGACAAGAAAGCAAAAAAGGGGAAGGCAUCAUUUGGGUUUGGCUCUUUUGACGAGCCCGAGGAAAUCAAAGAGGAGCCCGUUGUCAUUGCGGAUCCCGUAGCUGAAGAGCCUGCUGAUGACGGCUGGGGAUCUUUCGGUGCUGCAAAAGGUAAGAAAAAGAAAAGUAAAGCCGUGGUCGAGGAACCUGUGAAGAUUGCCGAAGUUGUCGAACCUCCUGAAAUCGAAGCCGCGCCCCUCGACGAUGGAUGGGGCUCUGUUGCGACCUCCAAAAAGGACAAGAAGAAGAAGGGCAAGGGCGCCAUUGAAGAAAUCAAAGAAGAAAUACCACCUCCUCCGCCUCCUGCACCAGAGCCAGAGGUGGAAGCUGAUUCUGGUUGGGGGUUUUCGACGACAUCUAAAAAAGACAAGAAGAAGAAAGGCAAGAACACGAUCGAUGAGCCGGUCAAAGCGGAAGAGCCUGUCAUAGCAGAUCCUAUCGUUGAAGAACCUGCGGAUGACGGUUGGGGAUCCUUCUCUACGAAAAAUAGCAAGAAGAAGAAAACGAAAGACGAGCCGAUCAAAAUUGAAGAAGUCCCACCUCCUCCACCUCCUGCACCAGAGCCAGAGCCCGAAGCCGAUGCUUGGGGUUCUGUUCCAACAUCAAAGAAAGAGAAAAAGAAGAAGGGAAAGAACGCCUUUGACGUCGAGGAGCCUCCUAAGGUCGAAGCAGUCGUUCCGGAACCAGCUCAGGAAGAGCCUGAUGAUGGUGGUGGUUGGGGCUCUUUUGCCACUUCUAAGAAAGACAAGAAGAACAAGAAAGGCAAAGCCACCGAAGAACCUCCUGCUCCGAUUGAGAUUGCGCCCGAUCCUGAACCAGAGCCUAAUGUAGAGGAAACCGCUGAUGACGGCUGGGGUAUGUUCGGGAGUAAGAAGGACAAGAAAGGUAAGAAGGACAAGACCGUCGCAGAAUCCAAAAUCGAGCCUCCACCUCCUCCUCCUGAACCAGAAAAGGUUGAAGAAGCAUCGAGUUGGGGCUCGUCUUGGGGCAUCACAGGUAAAAAGGACAAAAAGAAGGCAGGGAAAAAGGAGACAUCUCCAGAGCCUGUGCCUAUCAUCAAAGCCAUCGAAUCUUCCGGCAAUGAUGACUGGAUGAACUGGGGUCAAAAAUCAACCGACAAGAACGGCAAGGGGGAUAAGUCCAUUAUCGAAGAAGAUGUACCUCCAGUCGUCCCUGAAGUUGGCGACGCCGGUGGCGACGAUUUCUUCUCGUCAUUUACCAAUUCUAAGAGCAAGGAUAAAAAGAAAAAGACGAAAGACUUAGACGAGCCUAUCAAACCCGAUAUAGUUGAGGAACCAACAGCAGAAGAUUCAUGGGGCUUUUCCGCUUCCAAGACAGGCAAGAAGGGUAAGAAGACUAAGAGUCCUUUCGAGAUGGUCGAGGAGAUUGCGACUCCAGAACCAGAGCCUGUUGAUGAACCCAAACCUGCCGAAGACAAUUGGGGUUCCAGCUGGGGAGCGGUCACUAAGAAGGACAAAAAGUCAAAGUCCAAGAAGGUCGACGAUCCCCCACCUCCUGCCCCGACACCCCCAGCAAUGGAUCUUACCGAACCUGAAGCAGAUAUGUGGGGAGAUUUUGGAAGCCCUGCCGCCAAGGUGAAAUCUAAAGAGGAGGAGAAGAGGGAUGAGAAGAAAGCUAAGGAGGAGGAGGAAGCUGCCUACAAAAAGAUGUCCAGUAAACAGAAGAAGGAGUUCGACAAGAAGAAGAAAAAGGAGGAGCAGGCAGAAGCUGAUGCGAAAGCAAAGAAAGAGAAAGAGGAGCAGGAGGAGGCAGAUCGUAUCAGAAAAGAGGAAGAAGAGGCCGAAGAAGAGCGGAAAGCCAAAGAGGAGGCCGGUCAAAAGGAGGCCGAGGAAAAGCUCGCCGCGCUCGAGGCAGCGAAACCAAAGAAGGUGCUCUCCAAGAAGGAGCAGAAGAAAUUGGAUGAUGCUGCAAAGAAGAAAGACGCGGACGAGCUCGAAGCGAAGCUUGCCAAAGAAGCGGAGGAGCAGGCUCUCAAGGAUCAGGAGGCUGAAGAACAAGCGGCUCUAGAUGCCAAGAAGUCCUCCAAAAAGGAUACCAAGGCCUCCGCAAAGGGGAAGAAGGGGAAGGCCAGCAAAGACCCCGAGCCGGAAAUCGAAGUGGAGGCUGCGCCUGAAGCGGAUCUGCUCAUCGAUCUGGAUUCCGGGGUCGACAAAAUCGAGGACAAGUCCGAGGUCUUUAGUUUCUGGGGUGCCAAAAAGUCGAGCAAGGGUGCCGCCGCUACGCCGCGAGACGAGAUUGCGAAUCUUGCAAGUGCGGGUGCUGACAAAGCGAACCUUCCAGAAGCCACCCGCACGUCCAAGGACACAUCGUCCUCGUCUGGUGUUCGUGCUGCUGCUGCAGCUGCAGCUUUGAUGAGGGCAUCAACCGUUACCAAGAAACCAGUCUCCGGAGGAAAGAUUGCUGAUCGAUUGAAAGCAUUCGAGCCGGCGAAGGAAGUAGAAGAUCUCGCCCCCCCGCCGCCUCCCCCGCCUCCAGCGCCACCAAAGGAGACUAAGGAGGAUAAGAAGAAGUCCAAGUCCUCGAAAGAAAAGGAGAAGGAAAAAUCCGCGUCUAAGGAGACCAGCCCACCACCUCCACCCAAAUCAGUAUCUAAAGACGUCCCCGGUAGUUUCCCGUCUGAUAAUUUCGACGACGAUUUGCUUGACCUUGAGAUGCCCGUUGAGCCCAAAGCGUCUAGCAAGAGUAAGUCAUCUAGCAAAGAAAAGAAAGCAGCAAAAGAGCCCAAGGAAGUCAAGGAGCCCAAGGAAGAGGUCGCCAUCUCAAGACCGCCAACUCCACCACCCGAGCCCAAAUCAUCAUCCAAGAAAGAGCGUCCUAGAGUAGUUCGCGAUGGCACUUCCUCGUGGGGCGCAUGGGGUGCAACUCCACGCAAAGACGAGAAGGAAAAGAAAUCUUCUAGGGAGAAAGCAAAGGACUCCGACGUGAAACGUUCCAAGUCUUCUAGAAAAUCACCUGAGAAGGAAGAGAAAACAUCUUCGAAAGACUCUUCGUCUGAAAAAGCCGAUCGCCCACCAGUCUCGAGGGGGAUAUCGAGCAUGUUUGGCGCGACACCCACUUUGUCACGAUCCAAGUCGACCUCUGAGAAACGGCCAAGUAGCGGCCGCACAAGUCGUCGCCACUCUGCAGUCCUCGAUGAAUCAGGCAUGCCUUCUCCACCUCCAGAAGAUCCGCCUGAGAUGUCAGCAAAGGCCGCAAGGAUGCUGGGAAUCACCCCUGGCAAACUUUCGAGAAGCAAGUCAGAAAAGCAGAGCAAAUCACGUGGUAUCAUUGAUGAUGAUGAUGACAUUGUGAUGGUCGAAGAACCAGCCCCUGAGCGAUCCAGUCGGGAACGAAAAGGAAAAUCGAAGGUAAUUUCAGACCCAAUCUUCCGAGGCGCCCCGCCACCAGCAGUGCCAAUGCCACCUGGAAUGGACGACAUGCCGUACCGGUCCAGAGAGCCGCCGUCAUUCUCAAGGGAUUAUGCUAAUGCAAGAGGUUACAAACAGGGGAAACAAGAAGAUGAUAUUGUUAUGGUCGACGCCGGAGGCCCGUCCGAAAACAUACCUGGAUUGAAGAGAGCUGAUUCAAGCGCGAAGAGGGCUAGUCUUGGUGGCAUGUUCGGUGGUCUUUUAAGCUCCAAAUCUCGACCCGAUAACAAACGACGAAGCACGGCUGUUACGGAUGACGAAGGCGUACGUGGAUUGAGGCGUGAGGAUCGAAAAAUCAAACGUCCUACCAGAGAGAGAUCUAAUACGGUGGAUCGCGAUAUGACCAUGUCUGGUGGAGCAGCCGACGAGGACCAAGAGGCUCGUAGGGCCGCUCGACACGCGAGGAGAGCUGAGAGGGAAGCUAUAGACAAAGCUGCUGAAGAGUCUCGAAGGGCCAAGGAUGAAGAGAGGCGAGAUCGUCGCAAGAAGCAAGAGGAGCAAGAGGAAGCUCGUAAGCAAGAGGACAGGGAAGCGAGACGCGCUGCACGACGUGAACAGAAAGCUCGCGAGGAGGCCGAUCGACAAGCCGCUGAGGCAAAAGAAGCAGACCGACAACGACGUCGUGCUCGUAAGGCUGAAAAGGAAUCUGCACAAACUGAUGGUGAACCGUUAACAGAAGAUCCUGAACGCCGACGAAAGUCUGACCGAAGAAGAUCACAUAUGGAUCCGCCCGCCGAGGACGAAGAGCGCAGGAAAAGACGAGAAGAGCGACGCGCUGCUAAAGCUGGCGGCAGCACCCCAAGGACCAGUCGACGGAAGUCGGCUCCAGUUCCAGAAGAUUACUUUGACUCUCGCAAUGGCAGCAAAUCACGAGAUGCCGAGUUCAUGCCUGCGGAUGGCCCUGUUUAUAAGGAUGCCAAACGUAAGAAGGAGAAGCCUGGAUGGCCGCAUUCUGGCACAGACUCGUGGGUUAAAGAUCACUCUGAUGCGCCGCCGCCACCGGAAGCCACUCCAUCUGCGGAGGGCGAAGAGAAAGAUGGAGAUGACAAUGCCAGACGUCGCAAGUCAAGACGGCAGUCUAAGUAUGGCGAUGAGGAUCCAGAGGAACGUCGGAGAAGACGCGAAUCUCGACGCGGCGGUGAUAAGGCAACCGUGAGAAGUGGUGAGGGCAGCCAAGGAGAACGUAGAUCCAGUAGACGCGACUCUGGCUUUGUCGAAACCACACCGUCUCGAGGUCCGUCUGCAUCUGGCGGUCUCUUCAGUCGUUGGAAGAAGAUAGCUGGGGUUUAG